CUUUAACUGUAACUUCAUUGCGUGACAGUUUUUUAUUCGGCAAAAUUAUCUGUCACAGGACACAUGGCAAUAUAAUUUCGAUAUAAUGUAAAUUAACAAUAAAAUAACAAUUAAAGUAUAAAAUAUUGACAGACAAGCGAUAUGCUUUGCAACAAAAGUAAGAGACCGCCCGGCUGGAACGAUAUGGAGGAGUUGAAGUAUUUGAUAUGCUGUAUCGACAAGUACAAAUGUCCAAAAGCACAGACACCACAAUCAUGUAGCAUAAUGCUGCCUCCAAGGAUUGAAGAAUUCCCUUGCAAACCUCCACCUCGAAGGCCACCGUGUAUCCCUCCGCCUCGGUGUUGUCCAAUAACACCUGGACCAUGCUGUCCUGAUCCUUUACCACCUCCAAACCAACUGGCAACACCACUGGCAAAGUUUUCACGACUUCCUGAACAGUAUCCGAAGCCGUGUUGCUAUCGCAGCCCGCUGCCUUAUAAUCCGUACAACUGAGGAGUCAAAUAACACGAAAAGAAAAUUAUAAAUGAAGAUUUAUUUAGUCAAUGAGAUGAACUGAGGUGAAUUUAGAACCUGACGCGCUUGUGCACAUCGUCAAAGUUCAUCACCUUACGUCGCUGAAAGUUCGAUUGAUACCACGUGACGUAAACGCGCUUGUCGUCGAAUUCCCGAUGGUUUCGCGGCUUCUGCAGCUGG